CUUUAUAGGUCUGGUCAGCUGCUAAGUGCAUUCCAAGAUGGCGGCUCGCGGAAACCGGCUACUGCUCGGCGGCGUCCGGUUAUAUAACGCCAGGCCGCUGAAGAUACAGCUGAAGGGAGUUUAUCGGCCGGAUCCUGCCAAUCCCCGUACUCCGGCAUGGCAGCUGCCGGCCGCCUACGAAGCCAAGCGGUUCGGGCGCCACGGGGAAGCCUCCGGGGUCGAUCCGGCACAGUUGUGGCCGACGCCGGAGAAGCUGCAGGAGAUGGAAGCUGAGGAGAGAGCCUGGCUCCCCUCCCUGAGGGACAUGCAGGAGUCGCUCGAGGCCAAGGAGCGCGAGGCCGAAGCCAAGCGGCGGCAGAGAGAGGAGAUCAUUGCUGCCAAAAUGGCCAAAAUGCCACAAAUGAUAGAAGACUGGCAGAGGGAAAAACAGCAGUGCAAGCUCAAAGAACAACAAGAAAAAGAACGGCGGCGGUUGUUGUUGGCUGAGGCCCGGGAGCAAUUUGGCUAUCACCUGGAUCAUCACAGUCCUGAAUUCCAAGAGAUGGUAGUAGAGAGGGAGAAGAUUAAACGGAUGGAGCAGAAGGAGGAGAAAAAACGUAUGAGGGGGGUUCUGGCCAGAAAAGCAAUGGAAAGCAAGACUCUUGCCUCAUCUCCAGAUAAUGAGAAGGAGAUGGCUGAACCAAAGGACACCUAAAAUACUAUAUUAGCAGUCUUUGAAAUAAGUCUGCCUAUAGGCUGUGACAUGUAAUAUAAUUCCCAGAGUCCCAGUACAUUUACUGCAACUCUUAUGAUGCAUUAAGGCCAGUUUAGAAUUCUUAAUGCAAAUGUGGAAUCCUUCACUGUACAGAACAGUCUGGGGUCCUUUCACUGCCCAGCCAUUAUCACAUUCUCUGAAUUCCUUUUCUCUCUCAGAACAGCAAGCUCUGUUUCCACCAUCUAAUUGACUGCAGGGUUCAGUUUGUCAAAUAUAUCUGGAAUUUUAAGUUAAAAAAAUAUUUACUUUUAACCAAAUGGUGAAAUAUGGUUAAAUAUAUUUGUGGGGCAUCUAAAAAGAAGUUGGAGGCUGUGUCCCAAAUAAUUAUUACUUAGAAUUUUUGCUAGACCUUGUUUGGUACAUUUCUUAGUGGUAGCAUCACUACAUUUAACUUAAAAAUUUGUCAUUAGUAAUGGCUUCAAAGGAGGAAGGUCCUUGACAUUAUUCCUUUAGCAUCUUAUUAAAGGUAGAGGAAUGUAAAUUAUUGAAUCUAGCUAUUCUAAUUGUAUGUGGAGACAAAGAUAGCUGGGAACCAGUUGAAUGGGCCAAGCAGUAAACCUGACAUUUCUUCCUUGACUAAGUCAGUUUACUCUUUUCAGUGUGCAUGGGAUUCACAUUAAGGAUGUACAGAAACAGAUAUGGACUUCUACUAUGAAAUUGCUCUGAAUUUUGGCAUAUUUGCCCUGCUCCAUUCACAAUUCUGUAUUGGCACCUUUCAGCAUUUUGGCUGAAUUCAGACUGAGAAACUGGAUUGAAUGCUAUUAUGCUUCCUGCAGCACUCCAUACAACUGGAAUAAUUCAGCACACCAAAUAAGAUGGAUUUGCUGCAUCCAAGCAAACAGAUGUGAUUUUGGCUUGAUGCCUCCAUCUUUCACAGAUGCUUGUCUUUUUAAAAUUUUUCCUUGCCAACAAUAGCUAUCAAAGGGACAAUCUACCCAAGCUGCUAAAAAAGGAUUUUGCCCACUGAACACCUUCCACUGAGCAGCUGUGCCUAAGCAGAAGCAUUUUGAAAACACACUCUACAUGCACCCCCUUCAGGCGUAACUCCCCCACUGCAUACUGUAGCAGCAGGAGAUGUUCAUGCUUUUUUUUUUAAUCAUUUUGUAAAAAGCAGAUGGUAGGCUGCCUUCACUACAAACUGCUUAGCUGAAAAGGUUUGUUAGUCCCCAUCCACAGUGGCAGGUUCAGAGGGACUUGUAAUUUAAUACUCUGGCUCCCUCUAGUGGCAAACGUAGAGAUGCAUAAUUCCCUUCAAUCUCUCUAGCCUUUUAUUAUGAUAGUGCUCCUAAUGAAUGUAUGGAAAAGUAGGGAAGAGAAGACAACUAGCUUGAACCAAAGGUGGAAACUCUUCAAAGUAGGUCAAAGUUCUUGCCAUCUAAAGAUACUUUAAAUAAAAGGUUUGUUUUUCCUUUUAUGGCCAAUUACAUCCUCAAAAUGGCAUGUGCCUGCAAAAUCACUUAAAACAGUUUCAUGACACUCUUGACAGCCCUUGUUUUCUACAGGAUCUCAGGGAAGGAACAGGAGGGGUGACACCAGUUCAAAUCUAAAUAAGUUGUAAAUUACCUAUAUCCCCCAACCUACUGUUACUGUUGCCUGUGGAAGAACUAUUGAUAUAAUGUACGUGAGCAAUUAUGUGGAGGAAGCAUGUUUUGUGUGAUGAUAAACACAAUCCCUUUCUGUCUUAAAGGAAGUAUUAAAAAAUGGGAGAUAGGUGAAAAAGUAACUUAACUCCAAGCUUAUUAAGUGGAAGCAAAAUUUCUUAUGGAAAUUUUUAUUUUACAAAUGUCAUAUUAAAAAUCAGUCAGUACUAGAA